AUGGACCUGAAGCUGACUUGCCCAGAUGAGUUUCAGGAGGAGCUCAGUACCUUCAAUAGUAUGAGCUGGAGAAUUCCAAGCAAGAACGCGAGUUGUUGUAAUCGUGCCAAUCACAAGACUGAAGCUCUUGCGAAAGAGCUGAGAGAAGCUCAAGAAAAUGGGCUCAGCACAAAAGUUGAGCUCGAGCGUAAAGUUCGCAGCCUCCAAGAUCAUAACCAAAGUUUGAAGGAAGAACUAGAGGACAAGCAUAAACAGCUUCUCGACCAGGAAAGACAGUCGAAGUAUCAGAUUAAUGAGUUGGAAACUAUUCGGUCAUCUCUCCAGAAAACACUGGAGGAUCUGCACCGAGAUCUCGAAAAUGCCAAAAACGAGAAACAAACGGCACAAGAUAAGCUUCGUGAGCGGGAGUCGGACAUUGCCGGUUUAGAAGCGGAGAAUAUUCGACUCAAAGCCGAAGGGAAUGAUGCGGAAACGUUUGCUGUUCUUAAAAGGGAGCUGUCUGACCAAGUUAACCAUAUGAGGGCCCUGGAAACUACAAACCGAGAACAAAACGCAGAAUUACGGCGCCUACGCAAGGUACAGCGGAACGUUGAAGUAGUCGAAGAGCAGAAGAAGUCACUGGAGAACCAGUUACAGCUUAUGAAGGGAGUUGAAGCUGAGCUAGAGACUGUCCAGAUUCAGAAGCAAGUCCUUGAAGACGAGCGGCAAACGUGGUCCAGCCUGUUACAGGAUAGCGACCUCUUUUCGGAAUACGACUCACCGGAAGCUGUCGUAAAGGCUCUUUUAAAGGAGCAGAUCGAGAAAGCUAGCGCCAUUGACAGACUCGGAAGCGUUGAAGCACAAUUCUUGGAGAAAGAUGAGCUCAUAAAAAGCCUGGAAAGUGAGCGAUCUAACCUGAAAUUAGAGAUGGAGAAGCUUCGUGCUGCCUCAGCAGCAGCUGGUGGGCCCAUGGCAGAGAGUCGUGCAAGAGCUCGACUUGAGCGACAGCGGGCGCUUGCGCAGAAAGAAGUGGAAUAUCUCCGCGCUCAGUUGAAAACAUUUGAUACAGAGGAGGAAACCCUGAACGCCGAGCAAGGCCAGUUUGACGCCCAGAAAGCCGAGCAAAUAGUCAAUCUCGAAAAAAUGAUUGAUGAGUACCGACAGGAACUCGCAAGGGCCCAUGACGAACUUUCCAAGCGCGAGGCCUCUCAGCAAGAAGAAACUACUCAACCUAGAGGAACAAAACGUCCUCUUUCACCUGCCGAAAGUGACACAGAGAACGAACGGCUUUCAGUGCUCCUUCGAAAGAACAGAAAGCUCCAAGAGUCCCUCUCCAAAACCGAACAAGCCAUGACCCUCCUACGCAAGGAAUACGAAGCCACCAAAUCUCAACUCAAAUCCCUCAAAGCAAAAUCCCGCACCCGCAUCCUUGAACUUCGCGACAACCCAACCUCGCAGGCCGAAAACCUGAAACUCUCAACUAUCACCACGCUCAAGAACGAAAACCGCGACCUCCUGGCCCAACUCCGCGGCCACCACGAAUCCGUUAAAACCGUUCCCAUCACCACCCUUGAAAGCAUGAAGCUUCAAGUUCAAGACAUGGAGCGCGUCGUCGCAGACAAGGAAAAGCGCAUGCGCCGCCUGAAAGAAAUCUGGACCGCCAAGUCCUCGGAAUUCCGCGAGGCAGUCGCCUCCCUGUUGGGCUACAAACUCGACUUUCUCCCUAACGGCCGCGUCCGCGUCACAUCCAUGUUCCAUCUCUCCUCCGCCUAUAGGCACGGCGAGGGUAAUGCAUCAGAUGCACGUGGACCGGGGAGCAUGGGCAACGGCGAGGAGAACUCAAUUAUCUUCGAUGGUGAGAACGGCACGAUGAAGAUCUCGGGGGGGCCGAACAGUCUGUUUGCGAUGGAGAUCAAGCACCUGAUCAAGUUUUGGGUUGAGGAGAGGAAAGAUAUUCCUUGCUUCCUGGCUGCGAUGACGUUGGACUUUUACGAUAAGACGACCAGGGCGGCUCGAAUGUAG